AUGGAGAAGGGAGAGCUGGGUCCCCUGGAUGAGGUACUGGGCGCGAUAAAGGAGGCCGCGAUUGCCAAAGCCGACAUGUCCGAGGGCUUUGUGAUUGACAGCUAUCCCCGUGAGGUCAGGCAGGGCGAGGAGUUUGAGAAGAAGAUUGGAGACCCCAGCCUUCUGCUGCACAUGGAUACCAAGGCAGAAACCAUGGUGAAGAGGCUGAUUAAGCGCGGCCGCGCUGACGACAACAAGGAGACUGUCGAGAAGCCCCUGGAGCUCUGCUACAAAGCAAUGGACCCCGUGAGUGCUUUUUAUGAAGGCCGUGGAAUAGUCUGGAAGGUGAGCUACGGGGGGCUCUCCAGACCACAUCCAGUAUGUGCAGAGCAGGUGUUGCGGUGUUGCAGGUCUUCUUUAAAAUCCACUGGAGGGCACUGCAGAGCUAUUCUGAGACAAACUUUGUACACGCUCCCGCCGGAAAGAUAGCGCAGCAUUGCCAUAUUAAGGAUCUAACGUCUCAACG